AUGGACUAUGAUUUUGGUCGUSCAAUAGUAAUAAUAUUGCUAUAUAUACCACAAUUAUUGGCUCAAGAUGUCGAUGAAUGCUCAUCAGACAGCGUCCGUUCCUGCCACGCGAAAGCAACGUGCACCAAUUCUGACGGGUCAUACAGCUGUGAAUGUCGUAAUGGUUACUAUGGCGAUGGCCGUAUAAGCUGUGCAGAUAUUGAUGAGUGCUCUGGAGACUAUUCAUGUCAUGUGAACGCAAAGUGCAAGAAUACUGAUGGAAGCUAUGAUUGUGUUUGCAAUGCCGGUUACCAGGGAGAUGGCAGCAGUUGCCAAGACAUUGACGAAUGCUCAACGAAAGCACAUGGUUGUCACGUGAACGCAACGUGCAAAAACACCGAUGGAAGCUAUUCGUGCGCGUGCAAAGCCGGCUUCUAUGGAGAUGGCAGAAACUGCAGGGGCCCCGUAACGUGCAAAGAGAUGAAAGCUAGCUUAACGUCGACAGAAUUGCAGCAGGAAAAUCGUUUGUUUUCUUUGUCCCUAAAUACCACCAUGCAAUACAGCAUCGUUUGCUCUUUCUCUCGUUUCUCUUGCGGAGAGGGAACGUGGCACUUGGCCAUGAAGAUCAAUGGAACAAAGAAUACCUUCGAAUACUCUGAACCUAAUCGUUGGGAAAGCAAGGAACAGUUCAAUACAAGAGCAAGUAAAACAGGACUCGAUGAAGAAGAAACCAAAACAUCGGCAUUUGGGGACACCCCCCUGAACAAGCUGUGCCUUGGGAUGAAAUACGAGGGAGUCACUAGAUGGAUAAGGAUUGAUGUCAAGGGAUCUUCCUUGUACGAUGUUAUGAAGGGCGGUGAAAGGAAAACUACUCUUGGGAAAGACAAGUGGAAAAGUCUGCUUUCUGGUCACAGCCCAUCUCUAAACGAAAACAAUUGUUUAAAGGAAGGAUUCAAUCUAGAUGCAAAGUACUCGGCAAAUAAGUAUGGACUACGAAUCGGUAUUCUUGGCACAAGCAAACAUAGUCCCAACUGCAAAAAUUAUGAUUCUUUCAUUGGUGUUGGCCCUUCGAUAGACAAACACUUUUCGUUACAAGACCACGCAAUUGAAAUAACAAGGAUGGACUAUUAUUUUAUAUUUCCAAUACAAGUAUUAAUAUUGCUGUAUAUACCGCAAAUAUUGGCUCAAGAUUUUCAUGCUAGAAACUGUCGCAACCUCGAAUUCAAAGAAAUUGCUCAAAAUAAGGCGUUAGCCAAUCACACUUUCCGUACUAUUCGACCAAUCAGUGACUUUGAUGCCUGUAUAGAGGAAUGUUAUAUGGAUUUGCGUUGUUUUACUAUUAAUCUUUGUACAAAACUUGAUGGCUCAAUGACUUGUAACCUGCUACACUCUGACCACAUAAGAAGUAAAGAUGACCUGGUUGACAAACAAGGUUGUAUACACUAUGGCUCACAGAGUGCAUGCUCGAGUUCACCAUGCAGAAAUAAUGCCAUAUGUCAAGGGGAUUUUGUAAAAGAUUCCGUAUACAGAUGCAUUUGUCCCGCGGGAUACACCGGUCAGACUUGUGAUCAAUUGAUUGCUGUAGACAAAUGUUCGACCGGUGACCAUGAUUGCCAUGUGAAUGCCGUGUGUGCAAACAUUGCUGAUGGUAAAUACAGUUGUACAUGUAAAAAGGGUUUCACUGGAGACGGGAGAAAUUGCCAAGAUAUUGAUGAGUGCUCUGGAGACUAUUCAUGUCAUGUCGAUGCAAAGUGCAAGAAUACUGACGGAAGCUAUGAUUGUGUUUGCAAUGCCGGUUACCAGGGAGAUGGCAGCAGUUGCCAAGACGUUGACGAAUGCUCAACGAAAGCACAUGAUUGUCACGUGAAUGCAACGUGCAAAAACACCGCUGGAAACUAUUCGUGUGCUUGCAAAGCCGGUUACUAUGGAGAUGGCAGAAACUGCAGUGNAUUCAAAGAAAUUGCUCAAAACAAGGCGYUAGCCMAUCACACUAUCCGUACUAUUCGACCAAUCAGUGAYUUUGAUGCCUGUAUAGAGGAAUGUUAUAUGGAUUUGCGYUGUUUUACUAUUAAUCUUUGUACAAAACUUGAUGGUUCAAUGACUUGUAACCUGCUUAUCUCUGACCACAUAAGAAGUAAAGAUGAMCUGGUUGACAAACAAGGUUGCAUACACUAUGGCUCAGAGAGCGCAUGCUCGAGUUCACCUUGCCCAAAUACUGCAACAUGUCAAGGGGAUUUUGUAAAAGAUCCCGUAUAUAGAUGCAUUUGUCCCGCGGGAUACACCGGUCAGGCUUGUGAUCAAUUGAUUACUGUAGACAAAUGUUCGACCGGUGACCAUGGUUGCCAUGUGAAUGCCGCGUGUGCAAACAUUGCUGAUGGUAAAUACAGUUGUACAUGUAAAAAGGGUUUCACUGGAGACGGGAGAAAUUGCCAAGAUAUCGACGAAUGCACUUCUAGUGCGCAUGACUGUCACUCGAGCGCCAUUUGUUCCAACAAUGAAGGAAGCUAUACCUGCAGGUGUAAACGUGGUUUCCAAGGAGAUGGAAUKAGUUGUAAAGAUGUUGAUGAAUGCUYAUCRSACAGCCACCGUUCCUGCCACAAGAAAGCAACGUGCACCAAUUCUGACGGGUCAUACAGCUGUGAAUGUCGUAAUGGUUACUAUGGCGAUGGCCGUAAAAAAUGCGAAGAUAUCGAWGAGUGCAUAUCUGGAAGCUAUUCAUGUCAUGCCGAUGCAAAGUGCAAGAAUACUGAYGGAAGCUAUGAUUGUGUUUGCAAURCCGGUUACCAGGGAGAUGGCAGCAGUUGCCAAGACGUUGACGAAUGUUCAACGAAAGCACAUGGUUGUCACGUGAACGCAACGUGCAAAAACACCGAUGGAAGCUAUUCGUGUGCGUGCAAAGCCGGCUUCUAUGSAGAUGGCAGAAACUGUAGGGUCCCCGAAACGUGCGAAGAGAUGAAAUCUAGCUUAACGUCGACCGAAUUGCUGCAGAAAAAUCGAUUAUUUUCUCUGAACUCCACCUUGCCUUACAGUGUCUUUUGCUCUUUCUCGCAUUUCUCUUGUGGAGAGGGAACGUGGCACUUGGCCAUGAAAAUCGAAAAACGUUCAAAUACUCUGAACUUAAUAAUCGUUGGGAAACCAAGGAACAGUUCAAUAUAAAAGCAAGUAAAACUGGACUCGAUGAAGAAGAAACCAAAACAUCGGCAUUUGGUGACACCCCCCUGAACAAGCUGUGCCUUGGGAUGAAAUACGAGGGAGUCACUAAUUGGAUAAGGAUUGAURUCAARGGAUCUUCCUUGURCGAUGUUAUGAAGGACRGUGAAAGUACAACUAGCCUUGGGAAAGACAAGUGGAAAAGUCUGCUUUCUGGUCACAGCCCAUCUCUAAACGAAAAUUGUUUAAAGGAAGGAUUCAAUCUAGAUGAAACGUUGAUACAUAACAAGGGAAUAGGAAUCGGUAUUGUUGGCACUGGGAAUUCCAACUGCAACAAUUUUGAAUCUUUCAUUGGUGUUGGCCCUUCGAUAGACAAAGCGAUUUGUGGGAAUUACAAUAUUGCCGAUGAGACCGCACAGAUCAUCGAAGCGUUUUGUUAUAUUUUGGUGAGUUAGAUAGCAUGAACUCGCACAUUAGCUUUAUAUAAAGACUUGUUUAGAGUACCAGAGACUAUGGGAUGACGGAAGUGGACUACUAGUUCUUCUAGAACUCAUUAAUAAUUCUUGAGUUAUCAAUGAGCAUCGAACUGUUGGGUCAUAUGAUAGUUCUCCAACACUAGCAAAGGUCUCAGUUUAGGGCGAUUUAGACGACACAACAUUUGUCUACAACCAUG